AUGGCGCGUGAAAUACAGGCUGGACUGGCACAAGCGCGACGUCAAAUAACACCCGUUCUGCCGACUUCAUCUACGUUUGAUAUCCCUGAUGCUUAUCAAGUAACACCAAAAAGUGAAAAUUUUUUAUUUUCCGACACAUUGAUUCGUCGAAGAAAACGGAUGCUACCCGUCGGCAGUGUUACCCAACUGGAAUUGUUAUUUGAUAGCCCCACCAUUUUUAUGGAUGGAACGUUUAGUUCCACACCUCCAUUCUUCGAUCAGGUUUAUACGAUACACGCUAUGAAAUUUGGAACAAAGUGUUUUCCACCCUUACAAAGUGAACAACGAGCACGACAGAAUCGUUUAAUGUCACCGGGAUUCCCGCAUUCAUAG